AUGCCUGAAAUUGAGAAAAAAAGUGAAUUAAAUCUUUCGCAACAAUAUAAUUUAUAUAAACACUCUUUACAACAGUUAGCACAGAAAAUAGGAGAUUUAGAAGUAGAAUCUAAUGAACAUACAUUGGUAAUUGAAACUCUCACGAAUCAUCCUUCUGAAAGAAAAUGUUUUCGGAUGAUUGGUGGUGUUUUGGUAGAAAAAAGUGUAAAAGAAGUCAUCCCUUUUUUAAAAACAAAUCAAGAAGGAUUAAAAUCGACAAUAGAGCAGCUUUUAAGACAAUAUAAAUCUGAAGAAGAGCAAUUUAAUAAAUGGCAGAAAGACAAUAAUGUCAAAAUAGUCCAGUAA